AUGGGAAAAGAAGGAAAUUCAACCAAAAUAACAAUAAUUGAUCCUCAUUAUAAGGGACGAGUGAACUUCCUCAAACAAAACUAUAAUUAUGCUACACAGAUCAGCCACCUGAAGAUGGAGGAUGCUGGUUCCUACGAAGCAGAGAUAACAAUAGCAAACAUUACUGAACCCAUGAAAAAGCUGUUCACCCUUCACAUCCAUGAGCGAUUGACAGAGCCAAAAAUUAUACCAGGUCCUAAGUUCAUUGAUAAUGGUACCUGUCUCAUCAAUUUGACAUGUUCUGUGGAACAAAUAAGAGAGAAUGCAUCGUAUAGCUGGAUGUCCAAGGGACAAGGGGCUAAUGUAUACACUAGCGGACCUAUCCUCACCCUCAUUUGGAAACCUGGUGACCAUGACCUGAACUACACCUGUACUGCCAGGAAUCCUGUCAGCAACAGCUCCCGUACCAUUCUUGCCAAGGAGCUCUGUGCAGGUAUUGAAGAUGGCACACACUACUUCAAAGUCCUAUACAUUGUGGUGCCCACCAUCCUAGUUUUUCUCUUUAUGUUGGGGCUGUCUUUCUGGCACAUUCAGAGAAAGAAAGAAAAAGAGGCUGAUGUAAAAGACAAGGAAUAUUAUUAUGACUCAAUUUCUAUUCUAAGCCCUGAUGAAGCAGAAACUACAGAAUAUGCCACAGUUAACAGUCCUAAAAAAAAGAUCCAAGAAAAUUUAGAAGUAUCAAAUACACUUUAUGCCACUGUGCAGAAUACUACAAAGAUGGAUAAAUCUGAGAUACUUGAAAAGAACCCAGAAUCUCUAGGAUAAUUAGACUUUGGUAAUAUUAAUUAAACAAUAAAAUGGU